GGCGGAGCUCGCUGUGGGUUCGCGUCUCCCCGGUAGAAGGGAGGACGUCUCUUGGCGGGAGUGUCAGGGUGUUGCGGUGUGCGGGGCGCGCUGCGGGUCCGCCCGGCUGCCCCUGCGCGUGCGGGAGGCUCGCAGUCCCGGUAGCUGAGCCGGCCCGGUUCCCGAGCAGCUCGGCUGUAACGGGCUGUGGGCGGCGGAGUGCAGCGUGAAACGCCGAAGCCGGACUCGGAGGGUGACUAAAGCCAGGUCCGUUCCACAGGAUGGGGACCAGAGCAUAGGAUUAAUUUUCAUAUUUGAAAAGACAGUGUCAGUGUCCUGCUGCAGCUGCCAGUUUGGCGUUGACGAAGAUGCUGUGCCUGUCUUGCUUGGAUUUGUCGUCAUUCUGAAAGUCUUUUCAAGCACAGCUUCUGUUUGAAAACUCAAGUAUCAAAGAAUAUUAGGUAAUGGCGUAGCGACACACUGUUUGAGUUCAUAGAGACUCCAUCUGGACUCCAGUAUACUCUCCAAUCAAAGUGGUUCUCUUGGUUCACUGAGUUUUGAAGAAUUUUAUGUACGUAACAGCAAAAGAUGGGAGAGAGAAAUGGUGAUGCAAGGACUUUCUGGCUGGAGCUACAAGAUGAUGGUAAAGUGGACUUUAUGUUUGAAAAAACACAAGAUGUUCUGCAGUCUCUGAAAAAGAAGAUAAAAGAUGGGUCUGCCACAAAUAAAGACUAUGUCCAAGCAAUGAUUCUGGUAAAUGAAGCAACUAUAAGGAACAGUGCAACAAAAGAUCAUAUACCUGUGACUCAGACUGAGCAGGAACACAGAUCAAAUGCAUUUCCCUCUACAUCCUGUGAGAACUUUCCUGAGGACUGUACCACUCCGUCUCCAGGACAGAAAGCACUCCUGCCUGCGAACAGUAAGGCUGCAGACCUGGGGGAGAAGGAAUGCCCUUUGAGCUCAUCUUUCCAGAGCCACAUCUGCUCCAGUGCUUGUCUGACGGAAACACCGCUGUCCUUGAAGGGAGGAAACCCUCUGCAGCGACCAAUCAGAUGUCACUUCCAAAGACGACACGCAAAGACAAACUCUCAUUCUUCUGCCCUCCACGUGAAUUAUAAAACGCCCUGUGGACGGAGCCUACGGAACAUGGAGGAAGUUUUCCAUUACCUUAUUGAGACAGAGUGUAACUUUUUAUUCACAGACAACUUCUCCUUCAAUACUUACGUUCAGUUGACUCGGAAUCACCCAAAGCAAGAUGAAGUUGUUUCUGAUGUAGAUAUUAGUAAUGGAAUGGAACCAGUGCCGAUUUCUUUCUGUAAUGAAGUAGACAGUAGGAAACUCCCACAGUUUAAGUACAGAAGGACAGUGUGGCCCCGAGCAUGCUAUCUAAACUCUUCCAGCAUGUUUUCUGUUUCAUGUGACUGUUCUGAGGGCUGCAUAGACAUACAGAAAUGUGCAUGUCUUCAGUUGACAGCAAAGAAUGCCAAAGCAUGUUCCUUGCCACCUGAUGGAGUAUGUAUUGGAUAUAAUUAUAAAAGACUGCAGAGACUUAUACCUACUGGCAUUUACGAAUGCAACCUGAUGUGCAAGUGUAGCCGUCAGUUGUGUCAAAACCGAGUCGUCCAGCAUGGUCCCCAGGUGAGGCUGCAGGUGUUUAAAAGCGAGAAGAAGGGCUGGGGAGUGCGCUGCCUGGAUGACAUUGACAGAGGGACAUUUGUGUGCAUUUAUUCAGGAAGAUUACUAAGCAGAUCCACUCCUGAGAAAACCAAUACUGAUAAAAACAGAAGAGAACAACAAAACGAUUUGGAAAAUGAGCUUUCCAAAAAGAGGAAAAUAGAAGUUGCAUGUUCAGAUUGUGAGACACAACCUAGCAGUCCUAAAAAUGAGCAAUGUUCUCUUAAGUUUAGCUGUGAUCUCAGAGAACCUGUAAUAGAAAUGAACUAUAGAAAUAUUUCAAAAACUCAGCGUCACUCAGUCAUUAGAAGUCCUAAAUCGAAGACGGCUAUUUUUCACUGCAAUGAGAAAGACAUGGGUUUUGUUUCUUCAGAGUCUACCGCCCCUGAAGAUGAGAAUGGAUUUAAGCCAGCUCCAGAACACCUAAACUCUAAAGCUAGAGCUCACGCCUCUGUUUUUUCUGCUCCAGAAAUGAUGGAAAAAAGGAUCUGUGUCUUCUGCCCCGAAGACCAUGACUGGAGUGUGAUAUACUGUGCACGAUCAGAGAAUAUAGCUGCUCAUGAAAACUGUUUGCUGUAUUCAUCAGGACUGGUGGAAUGUGAAGAUCAUGGUUACCUUAGUAAAGCCAGAAAUUUUGAUGUGAAAUCAGUGAAAAAAAGAGUUCAGAGAGGAAGAAGAUUGACUUGCACACUUUGUAAUAAAAAAGGAGCCACUGUGGGAUGUGAAGAAAAAUCCUGUACGAAGAGUUACCACUUUUUCUGUGCCAAGAAAGACAACUCAGUUCUACAAGUUGAUGCAGUUAAAGGAACUUAUAUAUUGUUUUGCCAACAACAUGUUCCAGAACUACCAGGGACCAGUCAAAGUGCUGAGGGCCCAAGCUUACAAAAGAAGAGAGGAAGGAAGAAACGCCUCCCGUCAAGCAUCCCUGAACAGCCAACAAACAUGAAGUUUAGUAGAUCCAAGAAACGCAUGACAGAAGAAGCCUCCGACCACAAAGAUGCAACUGUCAAAGUUCCUUUUCUUAAGAAAUGCAAGGAAGCGGGACUUCUUAAUGAAUUAUUUGAAGGGAUACUAGAAAAACUUGAUUCAAUUCAAGAAAAGCUCCUGAAUGAGACCGCUUCAGAAUCAGACUAUGAAGACAUUGAAACUUUACUAUUUGACUGUGGAGUGUUUGAAGACACAUUAAUAAAAUUCCAAAAAGCAAUAAAGAGUAAAGCUUGUGAACAAGAAGAAAUGCAGAGGCAGCUGAAGCAGCAGCUGGAGGCACUUGGGAACUUAGAACAAACCUUGUGCUCAUUUCAAGAAAAUAGAGACCUGAACCACUCAAGUUCUACUUCAAGAGUCUCGCCAUCUUCCCUGUUCGAAUGCGAGGAGUCUAGUGACUGAAAUGCAAGUAGGUUCAGAAGACAGGCUGUGACAGAUGCAUAGGUUUCCCUCCCCGUCACCCGCUACUGCUCAUGGCUAUUUUAUACCUGACUGGGUGUUUCUUGUCACCUCUCAUCAUCUCACUUGUCCUCCUUUCUCCUUGUUAGUAAAAACUGUUCCUCAGGUCAACUGCAUCAGCUGAGAACAGAUCUUCCCAUGUAUUUGCCAAGGAACAAGGAAGUCUUAUCUAUUGGUUGAUGCCUUCCCUACUCACCCCAGUCAACUGCAGCAAUACCAGAGCCUUUGCACAGCCUGCUGUGAAAUCUCAGAACUUUUCCUUGCCUCUGCUGGCCCUCCAGAUCUCACAGUAGUCUCCUCUCAGUAACUCCAUUACAAUAGAGCAGAAACUCAUUCCCAUGAUUUGCUUACUGUUAACCUGGGUUCCUGCUCACUAUAUUUCCAAGACUU